UCAUUUUCCCCAACUCAUUCGAAAACCCGGCACUUUUGCUAUUUUUUACGAGAGUUUCGUCUUCUCCUCAAAUACAGACGCGCGAGACCUUCUCUCAUGUUCUCCUUCACACUGAAACGCACAACUCCUCUCUCUCUCUCUCUCCGCUAGCAUCUCAGUGGGUUGAAAUUGGUGCUUUUCAAGUGGGAUAGAGAAAAGCAAGAAAGAAGACUAUGUUUGGAACGGCGAUUAGGUAUGUGGCGAAGAAACCCAAGCCGAAGAUGAAACCGAUAGAGUUGAAGACCCCGCCGGAGCAAACGCAGACCAUAACCAGGGUCAUCUUCGAUGUCGUCAAGGAGCACGGUCCUCUCACCAUUGCAGAAACCUGGGAUCGUGUUAAGGAAGUUGGUUUGAGAGGAUUGACGAGCAAAAGGCACAUGAAAAUAGUGUUGAGGUGGAUGAGAGAGAGGCAGAAGCUUAGGCAAAUAUGCAACCAUGUAGGGCCUCACAAGCAAUUUCUAUAUACAACUUGGUUCACAAAACCCAACAUGAAGCAGCCAAAACCAGUUAAUGAUUCCUCAACACCAAAGUCCCCGUAGAAAUUAUUGUUUUCCUCACUGCAAUUGCUUUGCUACAAUUAUGUAGAUGCCAGAACAAAGAUGUGCUUGAUUGCAAGUUUCUCUUUUUCCUGUGUAUAUAAUGGCUGUUUGAUUUAUACUUGUUCGAUUUGUCACUUAUCAAAUUUAUGCUUUGCAGACUGUUAA